GCCCACGCCCCGCCCAUUUGGCGCAUGCGCAGUGCGGCUUCUCCCGAGCUCCCCUACCCGUGCUCCGGAUCCCAAUUCCGGUCCCGAUCCCGCUCCCCGUCAUGGUGCUGGACCUCGACCUGUUCCGCGCCGACAAGGGCGGAGACCCCGCCAUGGUGCGGGAGAUGCAGCGCAAGCGCUUCAAGGACCCCGCGCUCGUGGACGCGCUCGUGCGCGCGGACGGAGCCUGGAGGAGGUGCAGGUUUCGUGCCGACAACCUGAACAAGCUGAAGAACCUUUGCAGCAAAACCAUUGGGGACAAGAUGAAGAGGAAGGAGCCAGUGGGGACGGACGAGUCAGUCCCAGAGAGUGCCCGGAACCUGGAGGGGCUCACGGCCGAUGUGCUGGGGGCUCUCCAGGUGUCCCAGAUCAAGCAGCUCCGGCUGCUCAUCGACGAGGCCAUCCAGGAAUGUGACUCGGAGCGGCUCCGGCUCGAGGCUGAGCGGUUUGAGAGCCUGCGGGAGAUCGGGAACCUGCUGCACCCCUCUGUGCCCAUCAGCAACGACGAGGAUGUGGACAACAAGGUGGAGCGGGUGUGGGGCGACUGUAGCUGCAGAAAGAAGUAUUCCCAUGUGGAUCUGGUGGUGAUGGUGGAUGGCUUUGAGGGCGAGAAGGGGGUUGUGGUGGCCGGGAGCCGCGGCUACUUCCUGAAGGGUCCCUUGGUGUUCCUGGAGCAGGCCCUGAUCCAGUACGCCCUGCAGAGCCUGCGAGCCCGGGGCUACACCCCGGUCUACACCCCCUUCUUCAUGCGCAAGGAGGUCAUGCAGGAGGUGGCCCAGCUCAGCCAGUUCGACGAGGAGCUCUACAAGGUGAUCGGGAAGGGCAGCGAGCGAGCAGAGGACAAUUCCGUGGAGGAGAAGUACCUGAUCGCCACGUCGGAGCAGCCCAUCGCCGCCCUGCACCGCGACGAGUGGCUGCACCCCGAGGAGCUGCCGCUGCGCUACGCCGGCAUCAGCACCUGCUUCCGCCAGGAGGUGGGAUCCCACGGCCGGGACACGCGCGGCAUCUUCCGUGUCCACCAAUUCGAGAAGAUCGAGCAGUUUGUUUACUCCUCCCCCCACGACAACAAGUCCUGGGAACUGUUUGAGGAGAUGAUCUCCACGGCCGAGGAAUUCUACCAAUCCCUCGGGAUUCCCUAUCACAUCGUCAACAUCGUCUCGGGCUCCCUGAACCACGCAGCCAGCAAAAAGCUGGAUCUGGAGGCCUGGUUUCCCGGCUCUGGAGCCUUCCGGGAGCUCGUGUCCUGCUCCAACUGCACCGACUACCAGGCACGGCGGCUGCGCAUCCGCUACGGCCAGACCAAGAAAAUGAUGGACAAGGUGAGCCUGGGGGUUCUGGGGGGGCCCGCCUGUGUCCCCCAUCCCUCUCUGUGUCACUCGUGUCCCCCUGGAGCACUCCGGAGCCAUGAGCUCACGGGCUCAACCAGGGCUUUAAAACAGAAAUAUAUGUAGGGCUCGUUAAUACCU